AUGAGGUUCUCUCGAGUGCUUCCGUGGGCAAGCACCUUACUUUUUGUGACGGCCGAGCCUGGUCUCACCAAUUUUGAUAUUCGUCAAGACCUUCACCAACUGGAUGAUGCCCCGGAGGUACUCCAGUUGAUUCAAUCGUUCUGGGACCUGACUUUCGAAUCGGAAAGUCCCAACGCGAAGCGGGACCUCGAGUCCACUGUACAGAACUUGGCUAUAACUGCAAACCAACUGGGAGUUAUCUGGCAAGUGUUGGACUCGUUAUACGAGAAUCCAAAUCAAGUGGACCUGAUUGGAACUAUCGCUGGUAACGCCUUAAAGGGACUCGGUGUCUUUUUGAACUCUGGCUCCCUCGCGGCGUUAAUCGACGCUGGCAAGCCUUACAUCAAUCAGGUUUUUGAUCUGGGUUUGAUACAAGGAUUGGCUAGCUACUUGUUUUCCGAUCAAAAUUUGAAUAUCACCGCAGACUCACUCGGAAAUUUGUUGCGGCUGCCAAACUCUACAUGGUUCUCUCAGCUAUUACUAGACAUUGGCGAUGGUCAGGGCAUCCACAUGGACCACAUCAACUGGUUGAUAUUGAACAAGAAAUCCGCUUACCCCGAAACAGCAAACAAUAUUGUUACUGACUCCGUUUUUGGGAACCCCAACGUAAAAGCGAAAAGAGCGGAUGACGCCAAUGGCAAUUAUACUGGAUCACUUCAACAGUUUCUUGGAAACAUCGUAUCACUGGUGGGUAAUUCCAAUGUGUUGGCAAAUUCCGUCGGUGCCAUCACAGGUGGUUUGGCGAAGCUGGGCGUUUUGGGCCCUAUCUUGUUGCGCGUGCUUAAUACAACUGAAUAUAGCGACGUAUUGGGCGAAUUGAUUCUGGCAAUCAACGCCACAGGCGCACUCAAUAUCGACGUUAACACCUACUUUGACCAGUUGAAAAAACUGGGUGUGAUGAGUGAUGGGGUGCAAUUCAUCAUCUCCGACCCUACAGUGGCACCACCUCUAGGACUCUUUUUCCAACGUUUGGAGCUUACUGGGGCGUACCAUGAUGUGCAACAAAAUCUUUACGGACCUAGCGAAUUGAAGAACUAA